GACGCAGUGACUUUCUCCGCCACAUUUAUUUUCAAACACAAUUUUGAUUUUUAUACUUCAUUUGAUUGACAUUCAUUUGCUUUAGUGAAGUUUUAAGUGUGCCAGGAACAACGCACUCUUCUUGCAAGGGUUUACAAGUGAGUAGAAUUGUCUGGUAAUCGCAAGCGACCCACCACCGCCGCCUCGAAGGUGGCAACGUGAAGUUUGUUGACAGCGGGAACCUGUGUUGUUGUUGUUCGGAUUGACGUUGUAAACAAGGAGACUUUCAAGUCCGUCAGUUUGCCCAUAGGGCUGGACAGACUAUGGCAUCAAAGUGUGACACUGUACGGAGUUUGAGUUAUACGAUACACAAGUGCUCAAGUUUUUCGUCAAAUUACGUCCCAGAAAACAUUAAAGUUGACAGAUCAAGUGAUCAAGCGUCGAGAUGGUCAUCUGAUUCCAAUAAUCCACCCCAGUUUCUUACAUUGAAACUUGCAAAGCCAGCCAUUGUGGAGACAGUUACCUUUGGGAAAUAUGAGAAGACCCACGUCUGUAAUCUUAAAAAGUUUAAAAUCCUUGGCGGGUUGAAUGAGGAUCACAUGAUUGAACUUUUGGAAAGUGGCUUGAAGAAUGAUCAUAUUCCAGAAACAUUUUAUCUCAAAAGCGAAAUAGACGGCAACUCAUUUCCAUGCAGAUACAUAAAAAUAGUUCCCCUGCAAGCGUGGGGCCCCAGUUUUAACUUCAGCAUUUGGUAUGUGGAUCUACGUGGUGUAGAUAAUCCUGAUGCUGUAAAGCCGUGUAUGAACUGGUAUAACACUUAUAGAGAAAGGGAAGCAAUCCGUCUCUGUUUGAAGCAUUUUCGCCAAAAAAACUACACAGAAGCAUUUGAGGCCUUACAGAGGAAAACAGAUACAGUAUUGGAACACCCUGUCUUGACAGAACUACAUAACCUUCUGGUCCACAAUGGUGAUUUUGCUGCAUGUGAAGAACUUGUGAGCAAAGCUUGCCAAGAGGGGCUGUUCAAUCACUACAUCAGUCAGCAAGAUUACAAACCAAAGUGGUGCUCUCUGGAACAAUCCAGUAAAGGUUCUGACGUGUGUGGAGAGAACAGACCUGGGAUGAGGGGAGGUCAUCAGAUGUCCAUUGACAUACACACAGAGACAAUAUAUUUAUUUGGGGGAUGGGAUGGUAACCAGGACCUUUCUGACUUGUGGUCGUAUCACGUCCCCACUCAGCAGUGGACUUGUAUAGCCAGGAACACAGAGGAAGAGGGAGGCCCCAGUCCACGUUCCUGCCACAAGAUGUGUCUGGAUUACGAGAGAAAACAGCUGUUUACUGUGGGAAGAUACCUUGAUGGGACAAUGAGGCAGCCCGAAAACCUGAAGGGCGAUUUUUACAUGUAUGACCUUGGCUCCGGGAAGUGGACAUUAAUUACAGAGGACACGGCGGCCAUGGGUGGACCAAGACUUAUCUUUGACCACCAGAUGGUCAUGGAUGUUGAGGGCCAAACCAUCUAUCUCUUUGGGGGCCGAAUUCUAACAGCAUCAAGUACAUCUGUUGACAGUGAGCGAUCACAUGAGCCGUUGUUUAGCGGUCUAUUCUCAUACCAUGUGCCUACUAAUACCUGGCGGAAGUUGAAAGACGACUGCCAUGAGCUGCGCUCCAGGAUUGCACAUUCAAUGCUAUUUCACUCAAAAAAGAGGCUGCUGUACAUUUUUGCUGGACAAAGAUCUAAGGAGUACCUUAAUGACUUUUUAUCAUACAAUAUCGACACGGGCGAAAUAGAAGUUGUCUCAGAUGGACAGAAGAAAGAUGGAUCACAAGUGCCCUCAGCUGGAUAUACUCAAAGGGCUACCAUUGACCCAGAGAUGAAUGAAAUUCAUGUUUUGUCUGGUCUAAGUAAAGAUAAGGAGAGGAAAGACAACGUGAAGAAUUCCUUCUGGGUGUAUGACAUUGAAAAAAAUAAAUGGUCUUGUAUUUACAAAAACGAGAACUCUGGUCAAAGUUAUUGGACAAAGAUGCAGCAUGUAGAACCUGUUCCAAGGUUUGCACACCAGCUUGUUUAUGACCAUGCACGAAAGGUCCAUUAUUUAUUUGGUGGCAAUCCAGGAAAAGACAUCAUACCCAAAGUGAGACUGGAUGACUUUUGGUCACUUAAGUUGUUCCGUCCAUCUACUGAACACUUAUUAAGGCGAUGUAAGUACCUCAUCAGGAAGUUUCAGUUUCAAGAGAUGGCAUGUAGUAAUCCAGUGAGGGCCCUUACCUACCUGCAAGCUGACCUCGCCGCUGUUGUUGAUCACAGUGACCCAGAAGAAACAAGGGAGUUUCAGUUGUUGGCAUCUACCUUGUUUAUGGAGGAUAGUGAUGACCAGGAGAUGCGAGAAGACUUGGGUGUCAGUGAGCACUAUCAUAGCCGGACUAAGCUGUUUGAUAUGCUUGUGAAUUUCUUCCCAGAGUCCAUGACCCAGCCCAAAGGAAACCUUGUAGACCUAAUAACAUUAUGUUAACAGGCUACCUUGUGUUUAUACCAGAUAAUCAGUAAAACUGCCAAGGUGACCUUCCUUGUUGAUUCUGCUAAAAUUGGAUGCCCUUCAUGUGUGAUUGGAACAAGUUUCUUUUAAGGUUAUGUGCAAUUUUAAGCUUGUUUUGAAAUGGGCUAUGAUCAGAAGAGCUCCUGUCAUUGGUUAUUCAGAGGUCAGUUUCUCGCUGGAGAUUACAAUAUUUUGAAUCCUAACAUGUUCAGGUAUAUGAUAUAAUGAUGCUAUUUAGUGAUAUGUAUGUAAUUAUAGUACAUUUAUAUCUGUCUUGCCAAAGACCUGUCCAGUAUUUUUUUAUUGAUCAGACUCUUUAAGUUGAUUAAGAAAUACAUGUAAAGUGAGAAAAUCCCUCUGACCACAAGGGUUAGUCUAGUAGCCUGCCUGUGGCACGUCUGUAGUUUGCUUGGGUUGAGUCAGUGGUGUGCUAGCAGAGCAAGGUUGUUUUGCUUAGAUUGUCCUCAGCAUGAUUUAUAUCAGCUCUCAAAUAAUUCUGACUUCCUUUGGCUGUUUAUCUCAUGAACAAUACAGAUCAUAAGACCAGAAAUAAAACAGAUGUCACUCAGAUCACCACACAAACUUUACCAGCCCCCAUUUCCAAUCAUGUGACUGAAGUGCUAUAGCCUGGCACGACUCCCUUUCUCCUUCCAAAAUGGCUGCCUGCGAAGUUUCACUUGGUUCAUUAGUAACUGAAUGAUGUAAAAUCAGAAUUAAAGAAAAUCUGUUUUUGUAGCUUACAGCUUUUGCAUACUGAGGACACCACACUUGAAACACACCUGAGUUCCAAGUGAGUGAGAAGAAGAGUACAUAUGUGUAUUUCUAAGCAACACGUUGAGUUCAUUAAAAUCUACAAAGGCUAAUAUAUCAUUUUAAGAUAAUUGGCUCACAUCUAAACAUAUUUAAUUCUUGCUAUGACCUGUUCAGCCUGGGUAAAUUGAGUUUGGUUCAAAACUAUAUAUGUAACAUAAUGACCAAUCAUAGUGUCUGUCUUACAUGUCAGUGCACAAGGCAGGCCUGAGGUCACAUGACCACUCACCAUUGAUUUAGGAACAAGUGACCAGAUGUGCUGAGGAAUUUCUUUGGUGACUUUAGUUAAGACUAACCUGUAACUGUGGCAAAUUACUUGCACUGUUCAAGGAGACUGUUACAUGAGAUUUUAUUCCUUUCAUUCUAUGAGCACUUAAGGUGGUAAAUUUUUAUUGGUUGUGCUGUGUUGUGACAGUGAAGUCAUAGGGAAUGAAAACUGUUAAAAGUCAUCUAUUGUAUUUCAUCUAAAGUUUGGUAUGUAUAAAUUCACUUUCAGUCAGAAUAUGUUAUUUGAAAAAUGCUAAGCUUCAGGUGAAAUACAGUAAGUUCCAUCAGUCAGUGAGAAACAUUUUUGAGAAUUGAUAUGAAUUGUAUAUAUAUAUUGGUAUAUAUCCAAUUUCAAAAGAAAACCUCUGAAGUACAUUUGCCCAAACAAUACUUAAAUUGAUAAUGUAGAAGUAAAAGCAUCUCCAUGCAGUUUCUACUGUUUACUCCAGUUUUUGGUCCUCGUGCCCCUAACUUUAUCUUAAUGAUAGCCUGGCAUGAGAAUAGAAAGCUAGUGUAAAAUGUUGAUACUACUCUGAAGAUGCCUUUGCUUGUUGAUGUUAUUAUUAUUGAACCCACAUAUAACUAUGAAUAGUAUAUCAAUAUCAGGGUUAUGUAAAUGGCUAUGCACUUGUAUCUUGGUGAGGUCAUUCGGUUUUAUAUUGACAUGAAUUAUGCAACAGAAGAAUGCAUCCUUAUUAUGACUUGU